CUUUCCUUCCCAGUAGACCUUGCGCACGGGAAGAUGGCGGCGUCCAGGUGGCGGUCUUGAGGAGACCGAACCGGUAUGGCUUUGGCGUCGGGCCCCGCAAGGCGGGCGCUUCGUCUACCUGGAAGGCUCGGCUUUGGGGGCGACGGGACCCCGAGACGCGGGGCGUACGAGUGGGGCGUUCGCUCCACGCGGAAGCCCGAGCCUCCUCCCCUGGACAGGGUGUAUGAAAUCCCUGGACUGGAGCCCAUCACCUACGCGGGGAAGAUGCACUUCGUGCCCGGUCUGGCGCGGCCGGUCUUUCCGCCGUGGGAUCCUGGCUGGACGCACCCAAAGUUCCGCCGCGCGCCCCCGAUCCAAGAGCAUCCGCUGUACAAGGACCAGGCCUGCUACACCUUCCACCAGCGUUGCCGCCUCCUCGAGGGUGUAAAGCAGGCUCUCUGGCUUACCAAGGCCAAGUUAAUAGAAGGCCUUCCUGAGAAAGUGCUUAGCCUUAUUGAGGAUCCAAGGAACCACAUAGAGAACCAAGAUGAACGCGUUCUGAAUGUGAUCUAUCACGCCCGUCUCUGGCACUCCACUGAAAACAUCCCCAAGAGAACGACCUACUGCCCAAUCAUUGUGGACAGUCUGUUACAGCUGUGUAAAUCCCAGACUUUCAAGCAUCCUUCACUAGCCAGGCGGAUCUGUGCCAAAAACUACACGUUAUCCACCACUUGGAAUCGAGAGUCUCUUCUCCUUCAGGUCCGUGGUUCUAGUGGAGCCCGACUGAAUGCCAAGGACCUUCUGCCCCCCAUUGCCUCCAGAGAGGAGGUAGAAGCUACUAAGAAUCAUGUUCUUGAAACCUUCUAUCCCAUAUCUCCCACUGUCGAUCUUCAGGAAUGCAAUGUUUAUGAUGUGAAAGACGACACAGGAUACCGGGAGGGUUAUCCUUAUCCCUAUCCCCACACCCUGUAUUUUCUGGAGACAGCCAAUUCACGACCAUACCGCUUUCAACCAGAUCAGCUGCGGGCCAAGAUGAUCCUGUUUGCCUUUGGCAAUGCCUUGGCUCAGGCCCGGCUCCUCUAUGGGAAUGACACUAAGGUUUUGGAGCAGCCAGUAGUUGUGCAGAGUGUGGGCACCGAUGGACGUGUCUUCCAGUUCUUGGUGUUACAACUGAACACCACAGAUCUGGCCUCUAAUGAGGGCAUCAAGAAUCUGGUGUGGGUGGACUCAGACCAGCUCCUCUAUCAGCAUUUUUGGUGUCUCCCAGUGAUCAAAAAGAAGGUGGUUGUGGAACCUGUUGGGCCGACUGGUUUUCAGCCAGAGACGUUCAAGAAGUUUUUAGCUUUGUAUUUGCACGGUGCUGUAUGAGCCAAGGACUGUUCUGCAGCCUCACGUACCCCCUCGCUUCAACCCACCGAAGACCCUGCAGCCUGGGCAGGGCCUGGGGUCUGCCCGGAGCCUCAGUGCUCUUUUGGCCUGGUGGGCUCGCUGACAAUAACGAGUGCUUCCAGUGCACUGGAGUCUGUGCUUGGUGUGAGGGUGCUGUUGGGAGGGACAUCCAGUUUCAUGUGGGCCCACACCUUGAGCCUGCCGCCAUAUAAAUGCAGGCCCUGGAGUCUGACCUGCCGCAUCUCUGCCCACCACCCAUUUUGUGACUUUAGAUAAAAGUCUUCAUCUAAGUUUCAAUUUCUUCAUCUGAAACUUGGGCCUAACAUAACCUACCUUAUUUUGAAGACUAUAGCUUAUGUAUGUGUAUUGUCUGUCACAUAGUAGGUGCUCUGUGAUGGUUGCUCAGUUCUUUUGGGGUUAUUUAAAUUGUGGACACAUUCACAAUGACUGCAGAAAUUCUGAAUAGAAUAUUCAUUGUAGAUUUCUCAGCUAGUGUCCUGGUUACUGGACCAGUACACCCCUGGUUCAGCUGGCCUCCUAUUUGUUCUAACAACAUCCGGUCCUGCUCUGGGCCAGGUACCUAUACACAGCAUCUUACUUAAUCCUUACACAACUCUUGACAAGGUAAAUGUCAUUUCCAUAUGCAAUAAAUAUGUUGAAUACCUACUA